CGGGCGCUGUUCGUUCGUCUUCAACUUCCACUCUCACUCGGAGGCUUUCUUUGGAUCGGAGUUCAGCCCUUUCCAAACAUGACGGCGGAGACGCUUCCGCACCCAAACGGCGUCGUUCCGAACGGCGACCUCGAUGUUAACCCUAGCUCCAACGCCACCAAGAAGUCGCGGGAGAGCGAGCGCCGUCGUCGGAGGCGGAAGCAGAAGAAGAACAAGCCCUCCAAGGCGCCCGAUUCCGCCGCCUCCGGCGACGAGAGCGACGCCGCCGAUGAUGACGCGAAGGAGCACGUCAAUCCCCAACAGAUUGUGGAUCAAGUUGAAGUAGAGUAUGUCCCUGAGAAAGCAGAGUUAGAAGAUGGUAUGGAUGAGGAAUUUAGAAAAAUAUUUGAAAAAUUCAGUUUCCAGGAUUCUGCUGGUGCUGAGGAGGACAAGAAAGAUGAGUCUGCUGAGAACACAACUGCAAAUAAGAAGGCUGACUCAGACUCAGACUCAGAAGAGGACGAACAAGAUGACCAACAAAAAGAGAAAGGCUUGUCAAAUAAGAAAAAAAAGCUUCAACGGAGGAUGAAGAUUGCUGAACUGAAACAGAUCUGCUCCAGGCCUGAUGUUGUUGAGGUUUGGGACGCAACAUCAGCAGAUCCUAAGUUGUUGGUUUUUCUGAAGUCUUACCGGAAUACUGUACCUGUGCCAAGGCAUUGGUGUCAAAAACGGAAAUUUUUGCAGGGAAAGCGUGGUAUUGAGAAGCAACCUUUUCAACUACCUGAUUUCAUUGCUGCCACUGGAAUUGAGAAAAUUAGACAGGCUUACAUUGAAAAAGAAGAUAGUAAGAAGCUGAAGCAAAAGCAACGAGAACGUAUGCAGCCAAAGAUGGGAAAAAUGGAUAUCGAUUAUCAGGUUCUCCAUGAUGCAUUUUUCAAAUACCAGACUAAGCCAAAGCUGACAUCUCUCGGUGAUUUGUAUCAUGAAGGGAAGGAGUUUGAGGUAAAAUUGAGGGAAAUGAAGCCAGGUAUGCUGUCACAAGAACUGAAAGAGGCUCUUGGCAUGCCAGAUGGUGCUCCUCCUCCAUGGCUUAUCAAUAUGCAGAGAUAUGGGCCGCCACCAUCGUAUCCACAUCUGAAGAUUCCUGGGCUAAAUGCUCCUAUUCCUCCUGGAGCUAGCUUUGGUUACCAUCCUGGCGGCUGGGGCAAACCUCCUGUUGAUGAAUAUGGGCAACCUCUGUACGGAGAUGUUUUUGGUAUUCAGCAACAAGAGCAGCCAAAUUAUGAGGAAGAGCCCGUUGAUAAGACAAAGCAUUGGGGUGAUUUGGAGGAAGAGGAGGAGGAGGAGGAGGAAGAAGAAGAAGAGGAGGAACAAAUUGAGGAAGAAGAAUUAGAGGAUGGCAUUCAAUCUGUCGAUAGCUUGUCGAGCACACCUACUGGCGUUGAAACACCUGAUGUUAUUGACCUUCGUAAGCAGCAGAGAAAAGAACCUGAGAGGCCUCUUUAUCAAGUACUUGAAGAAAAAGAGGAGAAAAUUGCUCCAGGGACGUUACUUGGAACCACCCACACUUAUGUGGUUGCUAGUGGCGCACAAGAAAAGUUGGGUGCCAAAAGGGUUGAUCUGCUCAGGGGUCAGAAAACCGAUAAAGUGGAUGUCACUCUGCAGCCCGAAGAAUUGGAAGUCAUGGAAAAUGUUUUGCCUGCAAAAUACGAGGAAGCAAGGGAAGAAGAGAAGCAGCGGAGUCAGCGGGAGGAUUUUAGUGAUAUGGUUGCAGAGAACGAGAAAAAGAGGAAGCGUAAAAUGCAGGAUAAGGAAGGUAAAUCCAAGAAGAAGGAUUUCAAGUUCUAGAGUUCUAAAUUUGAGACAGUGAAGCUCACUUUUCUUUAGUAGAAGCCAGUCUCAUUUUCCAUGGAUCAACUGCAAGAACCCACCAUUUUGGCGAGUUAGUUUUAGUUGCAUGAGACGUUAGCAAUGUUACACCUGGUAGUCUCUUUAGCAACUCUGGUCAAUGAUUUAUACAAAUGGCAAAUGUAGUGUAUCAAUUAUCCUUCACCUUAAUGGAAAAUAAGAUAUGCUAUGAAUUAUGACGGAUUUAUGUGUUUCUUUGCCAAGUAAUUGGAAAAGCUGGGAUGAGAUCUUUUACCGACUUUAUAUUUGUAUAGACACAGACGUAUUGCCAAGUAAGAUUUGAAUCAAGGGUGCUUAUCAUGAA